AUGGGGAAACGUGUUGAAAGUGACGACAAAUAUCACUGUCUGCUUACAUCGUCACCACGAUCGCUAAGCGUAUUCUUACAUUUCGAAGAUUCCCCUUUCAGAGAUCCGGCUAUUUUUCUUUUUAAUAAAAUAUGGUCGCAUGUUAGAAUUCUGCGUUCGUUUAUUCUCUUUUUUUUUUCUUUAUCACUCUAUCUUUGUCUUUCUCUCUUUUUCUCUCUCAAGAUUUUCUUAUUAUCUCUCUUUCUUACACUCACACCAUCUCCUUUGUCUUUGCUCUCCAUUUCUCGUAUUUCUGUCCUUCUCUUCCAUUUCCUUACUCUCCAUCAUUCUUCUCUCUGGCCUUCUCUCAUUCUGAUUUUUCCCUCUUUUCUUUCUCAUUUACCCGUUCCCUCUUUUUUGUUUCUUUUCAGUUUCCCUCUCUUUAUCCUUUCUCUUUUUGUCCAUUUCUCUACAAUCCAGUUGGUUGCGGUCAAAUCCAGCUAA